UGUCGAUGUGCUGAUGGCCUUCGUGUUGCUGGAAGUCCUCGCUGAGCUGUCAGAGAGAGCUGAGAUGGCAAAAAAAGUUGACGCCUUCCUGCCAAGCAUGAUGAAGAUACUGGAAGCUGGCAGUGAAGAUGAAAAGCUGAAGAUCAUUGUGGUCUUCCGAAAUAUCCUGGGUCAGCUGAAAAAGGCAAAGGCCAGCUCCAUCGCCAUGAUGCUGGUGGGGAAGGUGCUGCCGCUCUUUGACUCGGAGUGCAGCCAGCUGCGAGAGCUCUCCCUGUUGCUCUUCAGAGACCUGCUGAAGGCUGUGUUGAGUAGGGAUGAGAAGAAGAUGAGGAGGAACAUUCAGAGUGCUCUGGUCCCUCUUCUCUUCCGUCUGAAUGACCAUAUCCCCAGCGUGGCUAAGGCCUCCAGGGAAGCCCUUUUUGCUGCUGCAGAGCUUCUCAAAUGGAAGCAGCUCAAGCACCUGCUGCAGAGAGAGCGGAUGUGGGAGCUUGGAGAAUGCUUGCUGCUGAGGAGGAGCAGCAGGGCUGAAGAGUACAUGCAUCAGAGCCUGCCCUACCUGAGGGACUCUCAGUCCUCCGUGCGCCUGGCGGCCGUCAGGUUCAUCAGUGAGUCACAGCCCCUGGCCCCUUUUGGGCCAGCCUGGCCACUUCCUUGCCACUGCACUGGCAGCAAGGGGCAACCCUGUGGCAACCCCAACCACCCCAUGCCGAGCCUCAGCCUCCCUCUGCCCCUUGCCACAAGCUGGGCUUGGUGACCGCCUUGCUCAGCCCCACUCCCUUUGGCUGCUGGCGGCCCCUGGGUCAGCCCUGCAGAAUGGGAGGGCAGCAGGGCCGGGGCUCACACUGCUGGGAGCACAGCAGGA